GCCAAAAUCUAUUCCUCCUCCUUUCCUUCCUUUCUCCUUCCUUCCUUCCUUCCUUCCUUCCUUCACCCUUCUAUUUAUUUAUUUAUUUUUCAAAAGCUCAGCAUCACAGGCGCUAUACUCCGUCUCUCACUCAUUCACUGGUUGAGUGGUGUUGAUUUCUCAGCUUCACAAUUCCACCAAAUCCCUCUCACUCUCUCAUUUCAAUUCAAACAAACAGCUCCUUAUUGGUACCUCCAGCUCUUGUUAUUUUUGGAUUUUGCAUUAAUAGAUUUCUUAUUUGUCAAAGUAACAUAUAUUUUAUGGAAGCAUCUGGUUUGAACACAUCAGAAUAUAGUGAUGAAGAAAAGGUGUUGAAGAGUUUGCUUGAUGCAUUUGGUUCUGCAUUUUCUCUUGAUGAAAUAGCUUCUGCUUACUGUAAAGCAGGCCGGAAUGCAGAUUCGGCUGGUGAAAUUCUGUAUGAAAUGCAGGGAAGCAAGGCUACAUUUACCACCCAUACAUUCAGUGGUGAGUCAAGGGAAAAAGAAUCUACAGACUCAUCCUAUGGUAAUGUUGCUGGGCAGUCAUGUGAACUGAAUGUAAAUUCCGUAGCUUCGAAGCAAAAACACCGUGCUGCUUCAAUUGGUAUAGUUUCAAGCAUUAUUGAUAAAGAUUAUGUUCGAGGGACACAUUCAAUAAAUGGGUCUUGUAAUGCAACUAGACCGUUGAGAAAGAACUCUAAGGUAUUGCCAGUAUCUGAACUUUGUGUUAAAGAAGAUAACUCAAAUUCUGCAAGGGAUGAUUGUCUGCACCGGGAUAUGGAAGAAUUUCUCUUCAAAAUGCUUGGAGAUGGAUUUAAGCUAGAAAGGGGUGUGAUUCGAGAAAUUCUUGAUACUUGUGGAUACAAUAUGCAGAAGAGCAUGGAGAAGCUACUUGAUAUUUCAGCUGCAUCCUUGGAGAAAGGGAAGAAAUUUGAUAGUAAAUCCAAUAAUGAGGUUCUAAGUUCUUCAAAGUCGGAAGGACCUGAAAAAAAACAUGCGAACUAUUCUAGAGGUAAUGGAGAUAGGGUUUCAAAUAGGAGAGUAGAAUUAUGUACUGAGCAAAAGGAGGCAAUUGAUCUCCCAAGGGAAGUUUUGGCUUCUUUGUUUAAUGCAACUGAGAGGUCAGAUGAAUCACCUAGAGGAACAGUGAAGGCAGUGAAGAGGUCUGGGGCAAUAGGACGGGUAGCGGUUGAACCUCCAGAGUACUCUAUUGUAGGGUGCAUGAGAACUCCAAUGUGCUCACAGCAACAUAAUGAGUAUGAUGAAGAGGAUAGUUACCAGGUUCUUCGUAGAGCUGUUAAGGAGUACCGGGGCAUGACAAAGGAAUAUUAUAAAGCUGCUAUUGAUGCAUUAACCGAGGGGGAUCAUAUUCGAGCAGGGAAACUUCUAGAACAGGGUCAAUUUUUUCACAAUAAGUCUUAUGAAGCAGAUGAGAAGUCCAAUGAAAUGAUUCUUGAAACCAGAAACAUGGAGACAGAAGAUGAAAUAUUGCUCGACUUGCAUGACCAUGGGCCAAGGGAGGCAAUACGUCUUUUAAAGUGUCAUCUUUCUUCACUUUCUGGCAUUCCAUCAAUUGAAUAUCUUAAGGUCAUCAUUGAGACAAAUGAGAUAGACACAUCAAAAGGAUCUCGUAGACGACUGAUUAUGAAGCUACUAGAGAAAGAAUCUAUAAAGUGGGUUGAAGAGAAUGCUGGAACUAUUCUAAUCCGGUUAGAUGAGAUCAACCCUAAGCGGUUAAGUUUUGUCAAGAAGUAAUCUGCAUUGUGGAAUCAGGUUGCUUUCUCCAUAAAUUAUUAAUCAUAGAAGAUGAUUUUCUGUCAAGUAGUUGUUUGCAUUAGACAAUUGAAAGAGAAGCAUUUUGUUUAAAACAGUUUAGAAUUCAUACUGACAAGGUCCUCAUGAGUCAGUAAUUCCUAUCAAAAUUUUGCAAAGUUUGAUUGAUUUGGAGGAAGCAAUAAGUGAUUAUUUUUUUAUGUAAGGGCUGUGAAAUUGAAACAUAAUUUAGUAUUUUCAAUGUAAAUUUAUCUGGAAAGAGAAUAAAUCAAUGGGGUAAAUGAAAUUUCAACCUGUAAACUUUAAUGUGGUGAUUGUUUUAAUGCUAGUAUUUCCUUCUAUCUUAUAGUUA